AUGGCGACGGAGACCUUGAAUGAGGUACCACUCCCCAAAGACAUGAAGUCAUUUCAGUACGCUUCUUAUAAUUUGAGUAGGAUUAAGGACAAUCUGUGUUUUGAAGCCGAAUAUAGGUCCGACGACGGAAGUGGCCGGGUGCGCUAUCGAGUAGUUUGGGAGCUAAAACGCUAUGGAGAAUGGGGAUCAUGGAAGAAGAUUGUUGAGCUUUGUGCUAAACAAGAUAGUUUUGAAAUUAGAGAUAUACAUGACUUGGAUGCUUUUGGUUCUAAUAUUUAUAAGGAGAGUUAUUUAUUUUUGAUGUAUAUGUUGCAGUCUACUGUAUUGUGUAAUUGUAGUGGGUACUCCAACAACAGCCAGUUGGUGAAGUUGGGGUGUAUACCUUCUGAAAGGAAGGCACUGCUCCAAUUCAGGGACAGUGUUACCUUCCUUAACAAACAUGUUUCGUCUACGUGGCAAGGCGAGGAUUGCUGCAGCUGGCGUAGGGUCAAGUGUAAUCCUACUACCGGCCACGUCGUCAAACUUCAUCUCCAUGGCACUUUGUCAGAGGAUGAUUAUGGAAGAUACUAUUCUGAAUAUUUGUUUGAAGCUAUAAAGAUGGAGUCAUCUUUGAUACAUUUGGUAGAGUUGAAUCAUCUUAAUCAUCUGGAUGUAAGCUUCAACGAUUUCAAUAAUAGCAAGAUCCCGAAAUUCCUGGGUUACAUGAAACAACUCAGGUACCUUAAUCUCUCACAAAGCUUCUUAUAUGGAAAAGUUCCACAUGAGCUUGGUAAUCUCACUAACUUGCAAGUCCUCGAUCUAUCAUCUAAUGAUUUAUUUGUGCAAAAUUUGAAAUGGGCUUCUCGUUUUGAGCAAUUGCGUCUCCUUGUUUUAAGUGACGUGAAUCUAACUCAGGCCCAUGACUGGAUAAGUUCACUUAUUGGGCCACAUCCUUUUUUAACUUCUUUGGGUUUGUCUGGGUGUAGUUUACCAAACACUCAUCAAAUUCAUAUUCCACCUUCUAUUCAAAACCUAACUUCUCUUGAACACCUUGACCUUUCAUAUAAUAACUUUGGUUCUAAAAUCCCGCUUUGGCUAGGUGAACUUAAAAGUCUCGUAGGCUUGAACUUAGGAUACAACGCUUUCACUGGUAUUGAAGGAGGAGAUAUUUGGAGCCUUGCACGCAAUUUAUGCAACUUGAAAUAUCUAGAUGUGAGAUUUAAUAAACUACAAGUGAAGUUGUUGGAGUUUCGUGAAAAUAUACCCUCCAUUUGCACCCAUUUUAACUUAGAGAGUCUGGAUUUGUCUUACAAUUCAUUUAUUAGUGGUAUUAUACCGACUUGGUUAGGAGAGGAGUUCCAAAGCCUCAAGUACCUUGAUCUUGGGUAUAACAACAUAUCAGGUAAAAUUCCAACUUCUCUAGGCAUGUUAUCAUCCUUGAAACAUUUAGACAUUUCCUAUAAUUCAUUGGAAGCAGCAGUUUUGUCUGAAACUUACUUUGCUAAUCUUUCAAGCUUGAAAUAUUUGGAUAUGAGUCAAUUGCAAACCUUCUUAACGAUGAAGUUGCCUUCUGAUUGGGUGCCUCCCUUCCAACUUGAAUAUUUUUAUGCUUUCACCUGCAAAUUCAAUAGUCAGCUACCUCAAUGGCUCAAAACACAAAAGAAUCUCAUUGAAUUGGAUUUGUCUAAUGCUGGAAUCCAAGGGGUAUUACCAAAAUGGUUUCAUAACAUGCAAUCUCUUUCUGCUGUGUAUCUCUUUAAUAACAAUAUCACUGGAUGUCCUGUCUUUCCCAUUAAUUUUUCAGAUUUGGAUCUCUCCAAUAACUCAUUAUCUUGCCAAUCUAUGACCGAUGCAAUCCAUAGAAAUAAGGUGUAUUAUCAGGCUCGUUACAUUGAUCUGUCUCAUAAUUCCAUCUCAGGGAAACUUCCAGAACAUUUGUAUCAUAUAAUGCCUAAUUUGAGUUUGCUCUACCUAUCCAAUAACUUCAUAAAUGGUUCGAUCCCAAAGUCUAUAUGCGAUUUUACACUCUUGGAAGUGUUAGAUCUUACAACGAAUAAGCUUUUUGGGACAAUUCCUGGUUGUUUGGGUAAUUUGUCGAGUCUUUAUCUCUCAUUUAAUAAACUCUCGGGAGAUAUCCCCUGCUUUAGUCCAGAGCUGAGUUUUCUGCAAUUAAACGACAACAUAUUAAGUGGAGAAAUUCCUACUUGCUUAACUAACCAUUCAAAUUUGAGCGAGUUGAAUGUUGGUGAGAAUAAUCUAUCGGGCGAGAUGCCUGCAAUAAAUAUUCCAAACUUGAUAAUACUUCGGUUGAGAAAUAAUAAACUCAAAGGCAGUAUCCCUCAUCAGUUGUGCUCAUUGUCUAACCUCCAAAUCUUAGACCUUGGUCAUAAUUAUUUUACUGGAACCAUCCCUAAUUGUCUCAGCAACCUUACGGCGAUGAAUUCUAAGUUGAUUAAUCCAUCUCCAUAUUUUGAUCACAUAGACAACAUCAAUGAGGUCCUCCAUGGAAUUGAGCGUGAAUAUGCAUCCAGCUUAAAGUUUUUAGUGAACAUCGACCUUUCAUGUAAUAAACUGGUCGGCAACAUUCCAGAUGGGAUCACGAAUCUCACCUACUUGUUGGGCUUGAACAUAUCCUACAAUCAGUUGUCAGGACAAAUCCCAAGUAACAUAGGUGGUUUGAAAUCGUUGAUCUCUCUUGAUUUAUCAAGAAACAAACUCUCAGGAUCAAUCCCAACAAGCUUGGGUGCAAUAACUUCCUUGGAGACCCUUGACUUAUCCUACAAUAAUCUCUCUGGCCAAAUCCCAACUGGAGACCAAUUGCAAACCUUCAACAACGCCUCGAUUUACGCCCACAAUCCAUAUCUUUGUGGAGAACCACUUCCCAAAAAAUGCAGGCGGAACGACGACUCACCAAACAAUGGCUCAGGAGGUGAAGAUGAAGACAAUGAGGACGGGCGUGAGACAAUGUGGUUUUACCUGGUGGUGAUGUCAGGGUUUGCAACUGGAUUUUGGGGAGUUGUUGGUAGUUUGUUUCUGAAAAAGAGUUGGAGGCAUGCUUUCUUCAGGCUUGUUGAAGAUGUGCACGACUGGUUGUAUGUGGCUAUUGCUCACUCCGACAUAGAUUUGCUGCCAACUCUUUUCUUUACAGCUAUAAGUUGCAAGUACUCUGAUUGUGUUGGAGCAUUGGAUGGGACUCAUAUAAAUGCAGUUGUAAGCAAUGAUGAUGGUGUGGUAUAUCGAGGGCGUUCUGGAAAAGAAACAUGGAAUGUUUUGGCUGCUUGUUCCUUUGAUAGACUUUUCACGUUUAUCAACGUUGAAUUUGAAGGUAGUGCUCAUGAUAUUAUUGUAUGGAACCAUUGCUUAACCGUACCAGAAUUUCGAUUUCCCCAUCCACCUCCAGGUAUAAUUUAG